AUGAUUUGUAUAAUUGUGAAAGUUCCUGGCAGAUGUGUAACUACCAAUCCUACCAAAACUACCAUCGACCCGGAAGAUUUGAUCGUUAUACUUGGUAAGAAGUCCUUGCACUCUGUGAGCGGAAACGAAAAAGUUUAUAAGAUAAAAUCAAUAAUUCUACAUGAAAAUUAUAUAAUAAAAGAUGGCGUCGUUGAGAAUGAUUUAGCUAUACUUGUGUUGAGGGAGCCGGCUGAUUUUAACAAGGACGUAGGCGCCGCUUGUAUGUUUGGUGAACAAGACAUCAUUAUUGAUUAUCAGCAAACGGGGACUACUGCAUGGAGCCUUUCUGGGGACUUAACGCCAAUAUAUUUUGAUAAAGAGAAAAGUAGAGCUUGUAACCAGGAGAAUAAAGUGGAAAAUACGUUUUGCGCUACUUACGGCGAUGAUGUAGCAUUAUGUCCCAGUUACGGAGGUCUGCACGCGACAAAACACACGGACAACAAAUGGUACCUGCACGGUAUUCGAACUGGGGACCCGACGGCGAGAAGGAUAUGCGUGGAGAGAGACAUAAAGUACACCGCUCUGAUAAAUUUCAUUGAUUGGAUAGUGGAAAACAUUCAGAAUAAUAAAAACUAA